AUUAUUUAAAUGUUGUAAAAGUAAUUAUUUUUAAAUAACUUAAAUUACUAAUAUUUGAUAAUUAUGCUAUUUUCCAGAAUUAACUAAUACUAAAUCAGCUUGCAUCACAUUUGUGGAUCCAAUGAAAAUAGAUGACCGCGGUCUCAGCAUCACCCCCUAUAUUCACGGUAACCACUACAAAUCCAAACACUCUUCAUAACAUCGUGACCUCUUCGACUCUGGGACUCAGGUUUCAGGUAGUGAAUAGUUCUCACGCGAAUCAUAACAUCCUGCGCGGGGCUCGGAUAAUUAACAAUAACGUUUCCCUCAUUCCUUCCUGCUCCACAAAUAACCACGUUCACUUAGAACCCGUUCAACAUAUCACCACGAGUUCUGUAAGUCACCCCAAUUACGCUGAUAAUGCUAAUGUUUCUUCUGACUCGAAUUUAAAUGCCCAAAGCCCUAACAACAAUAACUUCGUAUAUUAUAUCAAACCCCCGGUUCCAAACAGUUAUAAACCGAUAAUCGUUAAUAAUACCGCAAAUCAUAUUGGCCUUAACAAGCCCCAGCUCGAAUCAAAUAGGUUGGGCAAUGCGCGGCAGCCACAUUGCAAUGGCGAAACGGGUCUCACUUCCAUAGGUAUUAGAAACAAUCAAAUAUACGGUAAUUCUCCUGGGAUGACUACUCAUCAAAUCGUGGAUUGUUAUUAUCCUCCCUUGAAUGAAAAAAAACUCGAGGCCCAGCAUUUUUAUUCACCGACCAUAAACGAAACUCCUCAUCACAAUCACCACAUAACAAACGGCCAUAGUUCUGGUCGCAGAUCUACUCCUACGGACCGGGCCGGUAAAGGCUUGAGACAUUUCUCUAUGAAGGUAUGCGAAAAGGUGCACCGAAAAGGCGUGACGACUUACAACGAAGUUGCGGACGAACUGGUAGCUGAGUUCGCUCUUUCAUCCGUCAUCAAUCAGCACCACUCCAAUUCUUCGUAUUCCCCAGGCCAGGAUAUUUUAAAUGAAUCAACCCUGAAUAGCAUGGCGGCUUACGACCACAAAAAUAUUAGAAGAAGGGUAUACGACGCUUUAAACGUCCUGAUGGCUAUGAACAUCAUAUCAAAGGAGAAGAAAGAAAUACGCUGGAUAGGAUUACCUACCAAUUCCAUGCAAGAAUGCUCCAAUAUGAUGAAAGAAAAAGAACGAAGGAUCGAACAGAUAAAAGAGAAGCAAUCCGAACUCAAUAAAUUACUUUUAAAACAAAUAGCACUAAAGAACUUGAUAGAACGUAACAAAACCGUUCACAUUUCGAAUAAUAAAACUCUUAAAAUUCAAGAAUCUUCUUUUCCCAGCAAUUCGCCCCUAAUCACACAACCUUCGUUAUUUUUGCCAUUUAUCCUUAUCAAUACCGAUAAAUCCACCAUUAUUGAUUGCAACAUAUCUAACGAUAAAUGCGAAUAUUAUUUCAACUUUAACAAUGCUUUUGAAGUCAUCGAAGAUUUCCAAAUAAUGAAAAAGUUGGAUCUAACCAUGGGUUUAGACGACAUAGGUGAGAAGAUUAUAGACACUCAAACUCUUACCAAGGCCCUAGCUCUGGUACCUAAAGUUAUGCAAUCUUAUGUUAAAGCUUUGGCAGGGGUCGAAAACGUGUCCGAACAACUAACAUUUAAUCCCUUAACUUUACUUGAUCAAACCGACGACGAAUCAAAAUUUAACGUAAAAAAAUGCGCUAACAAUGAUAGAAUGCCCGAACUCAAUCAACAAAAAAUAACGAUGCAAUCCUCGUUUGUUCUCAAUAACGACGCCCUUAUUAAAUCGGAAAUCGAUGCUAAAUCAAUAAAUCUUAGUAAUCCAAGUAGCCUAUAUCCCUACUCAGGACCCAUUACAACCACAUCUCGUAAUAUUCCGGCCACUUCCUUGGCAACCCUCCAGUUCAAGACUCUACUCUCCAAUAGGGCGCUCAUGUUACAACAAAAUCAAAACAAUCACAAACUAGUUAACUCAAAUUUUAUAACGAAUAAUGGUGUGAAAAACUUUCAAAUUGUUAACAAAAGGAUCGCCGUUAUGGAUAGGAAUGGAGAAAUUAGCAACAGUGGCAGCGAUAAAGUAAGUUCGACAUCCACCUCUGAAAUUUUUUCUUCUGAAGAUUCUGUGGGCUCUCAAAGCAAUAAUUCUUCCUCGUCCUUUGGUUAUGGAGGCGUUUCAUAAUCGAACUGAUACUUCUUUUUUUAAACUUUCGCAAAUUUUAUUAAUUCAUUUUGUGCAAGCAAAUAAUUGUUUAAAAUUAAUUAUUCAACUUUUUUAAACCAAUAGUUAAAAGGUAUUAGCAUACAUUCAAUAGUACAGGGUUUGUGUAUAAGUAACAAAGAAAAAUUACAUUGUUAAACAAAAUUGUGAUCCUAUAAUGUUUGACUAAAUCUCAUUUUUUUUGAUAAGUGAUUACUUAAAUUUAACUAAGUAUUUUAUAUAAUUUAUAUCAAGUUUCGACAGUUAUUUAGAUAGAAUAUACAAGUUUUAGACUAAACUUUAAUUAAUAAAGUAUUAAAUCAAUAUUAUUUUCCAAUAAAUUUAUCCACUAAUUGUAAAUAAUUUAAUAUUAACAUUUACUUUUUUUUGAAUUUAAUUUGUAAAAUAAUAUAUUAUACUAAAAAAUAAAUUAGGCGUGUGCAUACAUUU